AUGAGUCUCUCUGUGGUGCAGGGUUUUACCAAGUCCCUGGCGAUGACUAUCCUAUCCGAAAUCGGCGACAAAACAUUUUUUGCUGCUGCGAUCUUAGCAAUGCGCCAUCCUAGAAGACUGGUAUUGGCAGGAUGCCUGUCAGCUUUAAUUGUGAUGACUAUUUUUUCUGCACUUGUUGGCUGGGCUGCUCCAAAUUUGAUCUCCCGGAAAUGGACUCACCAUAUUACUACUAUCUUGUUUUUGGGAUUUGGGCUUUGGUCCCUCUGGGAUGCAUUUCAUGAAGGGGAAUCUGAAGAAUUAGCUGAGGUUGAAGCCCAACUGGAUGCUGAUCUAAAAGCCAAUGGUGGAGUGACUAAAGAGAACAAAAAGGAUGACGAUCACUUGAAAAAGCAAAGGCAGCCAUUUCUUGCUCAAUUCUUCUCUCCGAUCCUCUUAAAGGCAUUUUCUAUCACAUUUUUUGGGGAGUGGGGAGACAAAAGCCAACUUGCUACCAUUGGUUUGGCAGCCGAUGAGAACCCGUUCGGUGUUGUUCUCGGUGGUAUCAUUGGGCAAGCCUUAUGCACAACUGCUGCUGUCCUAGGAGGGAAAAGCUUGGCGAAGCAAAUAUCUGAGAAAUUUGUUGCACUGUCUGGUGGUGUUCUUUUUAUCGUAUUUGGGAUUCAAUCCUUCCUUUCACCCAUCGAUUCAUGA